AUGUGGCUGCUGCUGCUUGCUAUUCUGUACGUUGCUGCCUUUUUCCUCCUCACUCGUCCCCGUACCGUUCCACUCGUUCCGGAUUCAAACCCCGACCAAGAUUCUUCUUCUUCUUCUUUUUCUUCUAUCAACAACACAGCAGGUGAUCCUCAAAUUCUCCACCCAACCAAGUACGACGUAUUCAUCAGCUUCAGAGGAGAAGAUGUUCGGUUGAACUUCCUCAGCCACCUCUACCUUCACCUCAACAACGUCAAGAAACUCGCCGUCUACAAAGAUGACGUGGAUUUGCCCAGAGGAGCGGAGAUCUCGCCCACGCUCUUGCGAGCGAUCGAGAUGUCCGACGUUUACGUAGUGAUCCUCUCCCGCAACUAUGCGAGUUCCAAAUGGUGUCUCGAGGAGCUGGAGAAAAUCUUCCAGUGUGUGGAACAGCACGACCGGAAGUUUGUCCCAGUUACCUACGACAUGAGUUUCGAUGAUUUCUACGAGACCUUGCCCUCUUCUGCUGCUGCUCGAUUUUUUCGAAGCUGGGGGGACAAACUGCUCAAGGUAGUUGGCAAGAUUAUACCAGCAGGUCCCGCUGCCAACCACGUGAGCUUCUCUGAUUUCUUCAACAACCUGCCCUCUUCUACUGCUCCUGGAAAUGUUGGAAGCUGGAGGGGAAAACUGCUUGAGAUGAUCGGGUUGGAUUACACGCUCAUAAGCUGGAGGGCCAAACUGGAAGAAAUAGUCGGCCGUGCCGGAUUGGAUUACAUGGCCAUCAGCUUCAGAGGAGAAGAUGUUCGGUUGAACUUCCUCAGCCACCUCUACCUUCACCUCAACAACGUCAAGAAACUCGCCGUCUACAAAGAUGACGUGGAUUUGCCGCGAGGAGCGGAGAUCUCGCCCACGCUCUUGCGAGCGAUCGAGAUGUCCGACGUUUACGUAGUGAUCCUCUCCCGCAACUAUGCGAGUUCCAAAUGGUGUCUCGAGGAGCUGGAGAAAAUCUUCCAGUGCGUGGAACAGCACGACCGGAAGUUUGUGCCAGUUACCUACGACAUGAGUUUCGAUGAUUUCUACGAGACCUUGCCCUCUUCUGCUGCUGCUCGAUUUUUUCGAAGCUGGGGGGACAAACUGCUCAAGGUAGUUGGCAAGAUUAUACCAGCAGGUCCCGGUGCCAACCACGUGAGCUUCUCUGAUUUCUUCAACAACCUGCCCUCUUCUACUGCUACUGGAAAUGUUGGAAGCUGGAGGGGAAAACUGCUCGAGAUGAUCGGGUUGGAUUACACGCUCAUAAGCUGGAGGGCCAAACUGGAAGAAAUAGUCGGCCGUGCCGGAUUGGAUUACAUGGCCAUCAGCAGCAGCAGCAGCAGCGAGAUCGUAAGUGUUUCACAGUACGAGGCUAGCAGAGCUCUCUUUGGAAUGGAGAGCAAGGUGAAAGACGUUCAACAAUUGGUCUUCUCCAACGAGAGGGAGAAUUUGACGAUUGGACUGUGGGGAAUGGACGGCAUUGGCAAGACUACUCUCGCUAGGGCUUUCGCCCAUCUGUUUUCCCGCGAAUUCGAUUCCAUCCGCUUCCUCAAAUUUCCCGACCCAUUCGCCAGCGGGAUGUCCGUGCCACAAUUUGGUAGUCCGCAACGUCGCUUCUUCUCCUACUUAUUGGGUGACGAUCACAGCACUGCUAGUGCUGGUGGGGAAACGUUACUGGACGCCAGUUUGAUGCUUCGCCGUGUUGGUCGUGUCAAGGCGCUGGUCGUGGUCGAGGACGUGGGCGACGACGUGGGCAACAUUGUCCCGCUCAAGGAUUUGUUCGACGGGCAGUACAGCGAUCUGUUUGGUCCGGGGAGCGUGGUGAUCAUGACCGGAACCAACCAACAACUUCUCAAGAGUGUGUGCCAUGUUGUGUAUGAAGUCAAGGGUUUGAAUGAUCUCGAAGCUUGGCGACUUUUCUGCUUGCAUGCAUUUAGAGGGGAAGAAGAUGCACCAUCAGUUGAGUAUCUGGAGCUGGCCAGGAGAGCGGUAAGUUACGCGGGUGGAAAUCCGCUGGCGAUCACCCUCUUGGGCGCGCACUUGUACGAUCGGGAUCUCAAGUUUUGGGUUGGCGAGCUAGGCUACUUGCAUCAUGAUGAUGAUCCGAAUUCGGUGGUUCGGAACAUUGGGAGGAGGAGUUAUGAAGGAUUGAGCCUGGCAGAGAAAGAUUUGUUCCUCGACCUGGCCUGCUUCUAUCCUUAUUGGGAAAAUAAGAGAUUAAGUAGUGCUGGGGUACUAACUAAAGAUGGGAAAUGGAAUCUCAUUACCAAUCUUGUGGAUAAGUCUCUUAUAAGCAUUCGGGCGGACUUUAUAACAGUGAGUCGGGUGAUACGAGAUCUUGGUCGCAGCAUUGUUAAUGAAAAAGAAGAAGGAAUAAGAAUGCGCACGAGGUUGUGGAAACCAGAACAUGUACCUCUCCUCUUCAAGAAACCUAAGGGUGCUCUUCCGAUUAAAGGCAUCGUCUUAACUGAGGAGGUUUUUCAAGGCCACACCCAGCCAUGGAGAAUCUGGAGAUCUGAAACAUGUAUACAAGACGAUGCUUUUGAGGAGAUGGAAGAUCUUCGAUUUCUAGUGAUUCCCCGUUCUACUUGCAGAUUCAUUUUACCGGAGAAUGGGUUGAAAUGUCUACCCAAUAUGUUGAGAGUUCUCGAGUGGUACUCGUUUCCCUCUAGAUGUUUGCCAUCCCAAUUCUCCGCUGAAAAUCUUGUCACACUUUGUUUGACGUACAGCAAGGUUGAACAGCUUUGGGAAGGUGACGAACCUAACAACAUGGAUUUGGGGAAUUUGAAAACCCUUCAUCUCAAGGGAUCCAGGAGCCUACGAAACCUGCCUGAUCUCUCCACGGCGAAAAGACUCGAGAGUAUUGAUCUUUCUGGGUGUGUGAGCUUUGAGAAGCUACCGUCGGGCAUUGGAGAUCUCUCCAGACUGUCGGAAUUGCUCCUCGCCGGUUGUAAGAGUCUAUCAUGCCUCCCCGACACCAUCCACAAGCUAUCCAACUUAGAAACCCUCAGACUAAGUGAUUGCUCUAAACUGAGCGAGUUACCACGGCUUCCUUCAUUCUUGAUAGAAUUGGAUGCACGUCGCUGCAAGUCGCUUCGAAACAUGUCAUUAUUUGAUGACACUGCCGACUCACAAUUUACAUUGUCCGUCACGAAAUCUGCUCUGUACCGUUGGUGCUUUGGCGGGUGCUGCAGGUUGGAUCGAGGAGUAUGCAGUACGAUUGUGGAUAAGUUUACCCAUCCGGUUCGAAGCCCCACAUUCUCUGCGCUUUUAGUGCCGGCAAAAUGGGUAGCAAAACCUAGAGACCAGGGUGAACAAGGAAGCAUAAUGGGAUCUUCUUACAAGUCCACGGCGACAGCGGAUUUGCGUCGAGAACCAUACAAGUUAAAGUCCCUGCUCUUUUGCAUCGUAAUUAAUCGCCUGCCCCUUCAUAAGCUCCAGCGAGCGAAGAUUAAGUGCGUCAUGGACACCAAUGCCCAACCUGAGAACUAUAGUGAUUCUACUAUCGACGAUUUCUUCGAUGAGAUAACGAGCGUUCCCAGUUGGGAGCCGUCUGGAAGAUACUUUGAAUUACCAGAAAUGGGCGAGGACGAGGACAAUCUCUCAAACGAUCACCUUUUACUAUGGUCCGAAGAUAGGGACACCCAAAUGGCGAGAUCGGUAGAAAAAGAGGCUAAGAAAAAAGCUGCUGGCGCACAUUGUGCUAAAGUUCGGUUCCAUUUUCACGGCGAAUACGAUUUGGAAGAGGAUGGGCUUGAAUCAUCUAUGUUGAUAAAGAAUUGUCGGGUCAUUCCAGUGUACGAUGACAGAAGAUCAAAGCGAGUUUACACCACCACAAACAGUCCACCCGCCGACCAAGAUUCUUCUGCCGGCGGUGAUCCUGAUCAUCAAAUCCUCCACCCAACCAAGUACGAUGUCUUCAUCAGCUUCAGAGGGGCCGAUGUUCGGGACAACUUCCUCAGCCACCUCUACCGCGAGCUCAAUAAUGUCAAGAAACUCGUGGUUUACAAAGACGACGUGGAUCUGCCCAGAGGAUCGGAGAUCUCGCCCUCGUUCUUGCAAGCGAUCGAGAGGUCCGACGUUUAUGUAGCGAUCCUCUCCCGCAGUUAUGCGAAUUCCAAAUGGUGCCUGGAGGAGCUGCAGAAAAUCUUCGAAUGUGUGGAACAGCACGGCCGGAAGUUCAUACCAGUUACCUACGACAUGAGUUUCGCUGAUUUCUACGAGGCGUUGCCCUCCUCACCUGCUGCGGGAAGAAUGGGAAGCUGGAGGGACAAACUGCUGAAGAUAACGGACCUCGCUGGAUUGGAUUACAAGGUCGUCAGAGCUUCCACCAUAUUGGAUUGGAGUGGAGAGCAUCAGAGCAAGGUGGAAGAAGUUGAACGGCUGUGGCGCUCCAAAGAGAGGGGUACCUGGACGAUUGGAGUGGUGGGAGUGCCCGGCAUUGGCAAGUCUACUCUUGCUCAGGCUUUCGUCCGUCGAUACGAUCGUGAGUUCGAUUCCACCUGCUCCUUGCAAUUUUCCGACGCGCUGAUCACUAGCUUGUUGUCGUCGUCCGCACAACCUCCAUUCGGUACUCUGCAGAGUCGCUUCUUCGCAAACUUAUUGGGUGAUCAUCAUCAUGGCGGUGGUACUGCUGGGGAAACAUUGAACCGCUAUUUGAUGCUUAAACGUCUUGGUCGUCUAAAGGCUCUGGUCGUGGUCGAUGGCCUGGGCGACAAGGUUGACAGCAUAUGCCAACUUCAAGAUUUGUUUAAUGGGCUGUACAGCGACAUGUUCGGCCCAGGAAGCGUGGUGAUCGUGACCGGCACCAACCAACAACUUCUCAAGAGUGUAUGCGACACUGUGUAUCAAGUCGAGGGUCUGACAGGUGAGGAAACUAUGCGACUUUUCUGCUUGUAUGCAUUUAAAGGGGAAGAUUAUGGACCAGCUAAUCACUAUGUGGCGUUGGUCCAUGCCAUUAUACCUUACACGGGUGGAAAUCCAUCAGCAGCUGCCCGCUUGGGCGUCCACUUGUAUAAACGGGAUACCAAGUUCUGGGAGGAAGAGCUACACUACUUGCGUGAAAAGGAACAUGGACGCUUACGUGGUAUCCACCCUGAGUUUUGA